AUGGCAUCUAUCGAAAUCGAAUCUUCAGAUGUAAUCCGACUUAUCGAACAAUUCCUGAAAGAAUCCAAUUUACACAGAACUUUGGCCGUUUUACAGGAAGAAACGAAUGUCUCAUUGAACACAGUCGACUCAAUUGACGCGUUCUGUAAUGAAAUUACGUCUGGAAAUUGGGAUAAUGUGCUCAAAAUUGUGCAAUCGUUGAAGUUGCCGGCGAAGAAGUUGAUUGAUUUGUAUGAGCAUGUAAUCAUCGAGUUAGUAGAGAUGCGUGAACUAGCGACCGCCCGUCUCGUCGCCCGUCAAACGGAUCCAAUGAUCUUAUUGAAACAAGUGGAUCCAGAUAGAUAUGCCCGUCUCGAAUCCCUAAUCAACCGCCCGUAUUUUGAUAGUCAAGAAGUUUAUGGAGAUAUAAGUAGAGAGAAGAGAAGAAAUGUCAUCUCACAGACAUUGUCUUCUGAAGUUCACGUCGUCGCACCGUCACGUCUUCUAUCACUUUUGGGACAAUCGUUGAAAUGGCAAUUGCAUCAGGGACUACUUCCACCUGGAACAGCUAUUGAUCUAUUUAGGGGGAAAGCGGCACAGAAAGAACAAAUUGAGGAGAGAUAUCCGACGAUGAUGGCAAGAACCAUCAAAUUCUCCACUAAAUCCUACCCAGAAUCGGCCGCUUUUUCACCAGAUGCCAAUUAUCUGGUAUCCGGAUCGAAAGACGGUUUCAUUGAGGUCUGGAAUUAUAUGAAUGGAAAAUUGAGAAAGGAUUUGAAGUAUCAGGCUCAAGACAACCUAAUGAUGAUGGACGCCGCAGUCCGUUGUAUGUCAUUCAGUCGUGAUUCUGAGAUGCUCGCCACCGGAUCCGUCGACGGAAAAAUCAAAGUUUGGAAGAUUGAGACGGGUGACUGUCUUCGACGAUUCGAUAGAGCUCAUACGAAUGGAGUGUGUGCUGUGAGAUUCUCAAAAGAUAACUCACAUGUUCUCUCAGGUGGAAAUGAUCAUAUUGUGAGAGUCCACGGAAUGAAGAGUGGAAAAUGUCUGAAAGAGAUGCGUGGACACACCAGCUACGUCACAGAUGUCCGAUAUUCUGACGAGGGAAAUCAUAUUAUCUCAUGCUCAUCGGACGGCUCAAUCCGUGUGUGGCAUGCGAAAUCCGGGGAGUGUCUGUCGACGUUCCGUGUUGGUUCCGAUGAUCAUCCGAUUCUGAAUGUUCUCCCAAUUCCGAAGAGUGAUCCACCUCAAAUGGUCGUUUGUAAUCGAUCAAAUACUCUUUAUGUCGUCAAUAUUUCUGGACAGCAAAAACUCCGCCUUAAAUCUCUGAAUUGGAGACUAUAA